UCUCAGGCAUAUAAACAAACACACUCAAACCACCUCAGAGCUGCUCUACUGGAAUGCUUAUCUGGUUUUCUUUUCUCUCCAUUCUUUUUACCAGCCAUAUUUUUUGCAAUGAAAUGCUGGCUUCCUCUGCUGCCGGUUCUCAGCACACUCCUCUGUCUUUCUCAGGGAGACAUAGGUGAUUUCUCGCCCUGUCUGAAUUUUUUCUACCGGUACUGGCCCCCCAGUGGGCUAAGUGGGACGCCCAUAUGUCAGAACUAUACCAACAGGUACUACUUUGCCACUCUGUACAGCCGUGAGCGCCGCUCUCCCUGGUUCUCCGCAUACUUGUACACAACCCCAGCGGGAAAAAGACCAAAGGGCGUCUGGAAGUAUGAACCACAGCUGGCCAACUCUAACGCCAGCGGCGUGAUGCUCCCCUUCCCCAUUCCCCCUAAGAAAGUGGACCAGACCGUGGUCAAGAGCCAGGCGGUGCAACAGGACUACAUCAACUCCAGCUACACCCGCGGCCAUCUCAACCCCAGUCUGCACCACCAGAACCGCAGCGAGCGCCAGUCCACCUUCACCCUGACCAACGUCGUCCCCCAGAAGAUGGACUCCAACUACGGCCCGUGGGCUGAGCUGGAGAGGAAUGUCAACGUGACGCUGAACAAGUACUGUGCAGGUCCUGCGUAUAUUGUCACCGGCAUCAUCCCUUACCGAAUGGACCGCUGGCUGAAGGACGAGCACCGCGUGGCCAUACCUGAGUACCUGUGGUCGGCCUACUGCUGCCCGACGUACAGCCAGAACCUUCCGGAAAGCCUCAGGAGGACUUUCCCCACGUUUGCCGCCAUUGGCCGCAACGACCCCAACAGCACAGAGGAAAUGGUUCCUGUUGAUAGGACAAAGAAAAAGUUUGUGGGGUACGACGUGAGACCAAUGCCCCUGACAGAUCUAGAGAUCUACCUGAGGGAGAGAUAUGGGAGAGAAAUUGCUGUUUUCAGCAAACAGUGUUUGUGAGUCACAAGAUUAUCUUGGACAUUUCAACUAGAAUUGUGUCAUUAAAAUGGCUCAAUGUAAAAAUGGUAGACUACUGAAAGUGAGUUUUUUUCCCUGCCUAAUCCAUAUCUGCUUUUCCCUGUACAACAAGAUUAAAAUUCCUACUGGAUGAAUUAAACCGUG